AAAUAUAUUUUAAAAAAACGACGAUGCUUUCAGCACUUCUUACGUUACAUGCAUAUUGUAAAAAAAACUUCACAAGAGGUUUUAUAUCCUCUCGAUUCAAGAGGCUUACUAAAAGUAACCGGUAAUGAAUCUUCAGUCUUCCUUCAAGGUCUUAUUACAAACGAUAUGCAGCAUUUUGAAGAAGGUGCCAAAUCCAUGUACACAAUGUUUCUUAACAAUAAAGGCCGGGUACUUUACGACACUUUAAUUCACAAGUGGGGCGAAGAAAAUUCAUAUAUGAUAGAAUGUGAUAAGCAAGUAGUGAAUUUGCUCCAGAAACAUUUAAUGAUGUAUAAGUUAAGGCGAAAAGUUACGAUAGAAGAUGUUCACAAACAGUUUAAAGUAUGGGCUUUAAUUACCAAUUCUGAUGGUACAGUUGACAAAAUAAUUGAUGGUAUAAAUGAUAUAAAUCUAUACAAAGACCCAAGACUACCAGAACUGGGAUGCAGGGUAAUCUCAAUUGCAACUUUAAGUGGGCAUAAAAUAGCAGAGAUUUUUAGUAAAGAUAUUAAUGCUGAAAGUAAAGAUGAUAAUUACAGGUAUCUGAGGUAUACAUUAGGUGUAACUGAAGGUGCAGAUGAUUUACCACCAGGGGUAACAUUUCCCUUGGAAGUUAAUUGUGAUUACCUUCAUGGAGUGAGUUUUCAUAAAGGAUGCUACAUUGGACAGGAAGUUACAGCAAGAGUUCACCAUACUGGUAUUGUCCGUAAAAGAAUCAUGCCAAUAAAAUUUGACAAGCCAGUUGUGGAUGAAAUUGAAAGGGAUUCCUUAAUAAAGGCAACAAAUAAUCCUAAAUUGAGUCUGGGAAAACUUAAGGGUGCUUUAAAUGAUUAUGGGUUAGGUUUAGUUAGAAUAAAAGAAUGUUUAGAUGCUAAGAGUCUAAGCAUAGGAAAAUAUACAGCACAAGUAGUCAAACCAAAUUGGUGGCCUACUGAAGCCCCUAAAGAAGUUUCCAAGAUUGACAAGGAGUUAGAAAUGUAAUUGUUGAAUCGAGUUUUGGGCUCUGUAUGGUCAAUAUAUUUGUACAUUGUAAAAUGUUUAUGGAAGUAAAAUGAUUUUAAAACAAAUUGUUACAGAAUAAUGAAGAUGGCACAAAAAACAAAAGAGGAAGAUCUUGUUGU